AUGAAAGUUCUUUUCCCGCUUUUCACCCUCGGAACUGCCGUUAUUGCUGAGAUCAACGAGAGAAGCUAUGUUGACAACACCGACUUUCUUCUGUCGGAAGGAUCGGACAAUUGGAAUGAUGAUUUCGCGGCUGCUCUCAGUGAAGACAUUUCAACUGGGACAGAUCUUUUCUUCUCGACGUUUUUCACGGACGAUUUUUCAAGAAAAUAUCUCAAAUUCGGCGAACGAGCGAAAGCGGCGCUGACUCGAACGAUGGAAAAUCUCCACCAAAGGGAUCAAUCCUGCAUGAGAGCGCCGGAAAUCGAAGGAAUCAAGGAAACCGGAGUCGAGAUCAAGCGCUGGAAUCUCCCAACAACGAACUUCAUCACCAGCUGGAAGUCACUCUACUACCAAUACGGGCGCUGGAUAAAAGAGCAAAUCUACCCCAGUUGUCCUCGAAGAGCGAUGGUUUUGCUGAAAAGAAUCGACCGCUUCAAACUGAUCAUGAUUUACAAGUACUGCCAGGAAACCGACGAUUCUUCCGUUCAAUGCACCAACAAGUAUCCCCUUUCUCCCGACUCUUCCGAAGUUGCUCCGUUGAAAGAAAUGCCGCAUCCGAGAACUUGGGUGAGCAACAUCUACGGGCGCCACAAAGACCUCGAAUUUUCCGAAGACAUCUGCUCCGACCAAGUUCAAGAAAUAAGCUGUCCGCUCCAACAUCGAAUUUCAAUCCAAUCUGCGAGUUUCGGUCGCGCGCUUGGAAGACCAUGCGACGGUGGAAGAUUCUGCAAUUCGAGUCUCGAUUUGACAGACAAGUUGGAAUCAUGUCAGGGCGAAGAAAACUGCUCAUUCGAUAUUGACUCUCAUGUCGGGAAUUUCACGGACUGCGAGGGAAAAAACCCGCAUUUGACUGUCAAAUUUAAAUGUCUUUGA